AUGGCGGCAGCAGUCUCCCAAGGGGGCGCUAACACUACCUUCAAGGACAAGGAGAAGCCUAUGGCCGUGCGGACAGCCAACAUUCUGGCUGCUAGAGCUGUUGCGGAUGCCAUCAGAACAUCUCUGGGACCCAGGGGAAUGGAUAAGAUGGUAUGUUUGUCCCCCAGAGACAUCUCAGCCACCAACGAUGGAAACACAAUGUUGAAGGAUAUGAGCGUGAUGCACCCCGCGGCCCGCAUGCUUGUCGACCUGAGUGCUGCUCAAGAUGUUGAAGCCGGUGAUGGAACAACUUCCGUGGUCGUUAUCGCUGGCAGCUUGCUGGGUGCCGCCGAGCGCCUGCUGAGCAAGGGUAUUCACCCCACCAUCAUUUCCGAAUCCUUCCAGAGAGCCGCUGCCGCAGCGGUCGAGAUUCUUCAGAAUAUGUCCCGUCCGAUCAAUCUGAUGGACCGUGCUACCCUCCUCCAAGCCGCCUCGACCUCGCUCUCCUCCAAGAUCGUGUCACAGCACUCCGGCCUUCUUGGCCCCAUGGCCGUCGACUCGGUUCUCCGCGUCAUCGACCCUAAGACAGCAGACAAUGUCGACCUCAGAAAUAUCCGGAUUGUGAAGAAGGUCGGCGGUACAAUUGAGGAUAGUGAGAUGGUGGACGGUCUUGUGUUGAACCAGCCCGUUAUCAAGAGCAGCGGUGGCCCCACAAGAAUCGAGAAGGCUCGGAUAGGCUUGAUUCAGUUCCAGCUUAGCCCCCCCAAGCCUGAUAUGGAGAACCAGAUUGUUGUCAACGACUACCGCCAGAUGGACAAGAUCCUCAAGGAGGAACGUCAGUAUCUUCUCACCAUGGUCAAGAAGAUCCAGAAAACGAAGUGCAACGUUCUUUUGAUCCAGAAAUCCAUCCUCCGCGACGCCGUCAAUGAGCUUUCUCUCCACUUCCUCUCACGACUCAAGAUUCUUGUUGUUAAGGAUAUCGAGCGGGAUGAGAUUGAAUUCCUGUGCAAGAGUCUUGGCUGCAAGCCCGUCGCCAACAUCGAUUCCUUCACCGAGGACAAAUUGGGCACUGCGGACCUCGUCGAGGAGGUUGACGCUUCUGGUGCCCGGUACGUGAAGAUCACCGGCAUCAAAUCACCAGCUGCGGCCAACAAGCAGACCGUGUCGAUCGUUGCUCGAGGCGCCAAUAAUCUGAUUCUGGACGAGGCCGAACGGUCCCUGCACGACGCCUUGUGCGUCAUCCGUUGCUUGGUCAAGAGACGCGCCCUCAUUGCCGGUGGUGGUGCCCCUGAAGUUGAAGUCGCUUACGCUCUUGCCAAGCGCGCUCGUGAGCUUGCAGGCACCGAGGCCAUCUGCUGGAAGGCAUUUGCAGAAGCCAUGGAAGUCAUCCCCACCACACUGGCAGAGAACGCCGGAUUGAACUCGAUCAAGGUGGUCACAGAGUUGCGACACCGCCACGCCGAAGGCCAGCACAAUGCCGGUGUCAGCAUCCGCAGCGGCGGCGUACGGGAUGAUAUCACGGAAGAAAACAUCCUGCAGCCCCUCUUGGUGAGCACCAGCGCGAUUGAACUGGCGGCUGAGACGGUCAAGAUGAUUAUGAGAAUUGAUGAUAUUGCCCUAUCGAGAUAA